GCAUUUAAGAAAAUAAUCAUAAUAAUUAUUAGCAAUUAAGAUUAAGCAUACACACAUACACACACACAUUAAGAUAUCAUAUUAUAAGAAUUCCAGUCUGCCGUUCAGGCGGGCAUUCGCGUUAUUAUUGUCUUCUUGUACAGACGGCCAAAGGCGAGUUUAAAAGACUACGCAGAUCGUCUGGACAGGAAGAUAUAGUUAAAUAGUUAUAAAUGUUUGUAAUAAUAAUUAAAAAUAUAUAUAUUAAUGUGUAUCAAAAAAAUUAAAUACAAUUAACAAGUAUAGUGAUUCAAAGAAAAAGAUUUUUUACUCUAAAAUAUAAAUCGAUCACCUAAUUCCAUAUCUCAGACGAAAGCCACGAUUUCAACAAACAAGUCUACACGGGAAUCAGAGAGAAAAAAUUACAGAUAACUUAAGCCAAGAGUUUGAAGCUGUCAAAAUGAAUUUAGAAUCCAACGAUAUGUCUUCUGACGAUUUUGAUCGAUGUAAACAAAUAUUUUUGAAUAACUUAGCGGUAACUGAUGAACAGAGAGCAAGAAUAGAACGAGAUACAGUUGGUCAAAAAAACAAUGAUUUGUGGAAACAAUAUAAAAGUCAACGACUCACAGCGUCCUAUUUUGGAAGAGUUUGCAAACUUCGAAGUGUGGAUUCCCGUCCGAAAUGUGUAGAGAAUAUCUUGUAUGAUUCAUUUCGCGGUGAUCGAAACACGAGGUAUGGAAUCAAUAACGAAGAAAAUGCAAGACAACAAGUAGGAAAAACUCUGGGCAAACAGAUACAUUUAUCAGGAUUGUUCAUUCAUAAAACCCUACAUUAUUUGGGUGCGAGUCCAGAUGGAUUAGUAGAUGAAGUCGAUGGAGACUCAAUUUUAGAAAUAACAUGUCCGUCAAGUAUUCAAGAAUAUACACCAAGGGAAGCGUUUGAAAAUGGAAAAUUAAAAUUCAUGACUGAAAAUAAUGAAGGACAACUUGUUUUAAAAGAGGAGGAUAAACGUUAUUACCAAGUACAGGGAGAACUUAAUAUUUCCGAAAAGACAUAUUGUUAUUUCGUUGUAUGGACUCCCAAAGGUUUUAUAAUGGACAAGAUACAAAGAGAUGAGUCGUUUUGGAAUGACAAGAUUGAGCCUCGUGUCACUGAAUUUUACAUGAAUUCAUUACUCCCAGAAAUGAUUGAUUCAAGACGUGCACGGGAUUUACCAAUAAGGGCAAGCAUCGUGGAUCAAGCAGUUUAAUAUAAUAUUAUUAUUAUUUAUUAUUAUUAUUCAUGACAAAUUAAAACGCUUUUUUAUGCUUGUAUUUGCGAUAAUCAACUAAAAAAAUAUAUGAAUUUUAAAAAUUAAAUAAAUACAAUUUAAACUAUAUAGGUAAUAGGUACCUAUAUAUUAUAUUCUUAUGUUAUAAUAAUUAUGAACUACCUAUCAUUUAUACUUCAAACUUUUUAACUAUUUUCUUAUUCAAAAAUAAUAGCACACAUAUUUAUAAUAAACCAAUAUAUAAUAAACGAUAACGUGUGAUACCUAAUCACUUAAAAAAUAUAUAUAAAUAUAAUUUAAACUAUGAUAUAUUGUAAUAUUAAUAAAUUAACCAUUAUUAAUGUUUUAAAAUAUUUCACUAUUUUCUUGUUCAAAAAUAAUAGCACACAUAUUUAUUAUAAUUAUAUAGUAUACAUGCACAUAAAUACAUAUUUUAGUCAGCACUAUUUCUUGUUUUUAUUUAAUGUUUUUAACUUUUAGACUGGCGAGUGGUAGGUAAACACAUUUAUUAAAUAUGCCCGGCGGCCUG